GCAUAGGUCCUGGAUAUUAAGUUUAGAAAAUAAUCAUGGAAAUGGAAAAGAACGAUGAUUCUCCUGAAGACGUUAAGCGAGCCACAUCAGUAAAUCGUGAAAUAAAGAAAGGACUGAAAGAUGAUACGUUUGAAGGAUAUCCACGAGUAGUGGAAAGAAAGAAAAGAUGGGAACAUUGUGACAAAGCAGUUACAAAAAAAUCUAAGCAAACCGAAAAGUCAAAUGGAGAUUGUUGCCAAGCAGAUAGGAAAAGAAGGAAGAGAGGCCGAAAGUUUUUAAUGGUUCCAAUAGCUGGAGAACCAUGCGUACUUUCAAAGCAAGAUAUUAUACCUAGACACUGUUUAACGAAAAAAGAACACAUCGAUAUAUUAGCGACUUCAAGUCGAAGAUGUCCGAUAGAGUGUCGUCAGAAAAUGGUACUUCGAAAAUUGAAACCUGUCUCACAACGGAUUAAAGAAUUGGCACAUCCGGUAAGACAUCGAAUGUUGAUCACUUUACAAGAAGGUGCGUCAAUAUUACCCCCGGCGCUUUUGGAUAAUCUCGUUCAAACUGUAGAACAUGAAACCUGCUUGACUCCUGAACAAGCAGCGAAAGUCUCGCGCAAAAAGAAACCGCGGGACAAGAAAAGAAAAGGAAAACCAGAAAUGUGGCACUCGAAAGAGACAAAACAAUUAAAGAAAACAACUGUUGGUAUCACAAGUCCAGGAGCGUUCGACAAAGAUGCAAUCACCUGUCAGUAUAUUAUGGCUGAGCGCUUUGUGCGAAGCAUCUUAAAAUGGAGGGGUUCACUUCCAAAAGAGGAGAUCAGCGAUGUCACGGAAGUGAUAGUUAAACGUUUAACGCAAGUACUUGAGUACACUCCAACGCAAAGCGAAGAUCGUAAAUCACAACAGAUGCGAUUUUUGGCCGACGUGAUAGCUUCUUGGGUAACUGGCGUGGUAUCUGAAGUUGCGGAGUAUCAGGAAGAGAAAAUGCGAGAACGAUGCAAGAAGAAAGAAGAGGAAUUAAGGGAGGCUGAAGAAGAACUGAGAGACUGGGAAGAAAGCGAAGAUGAAGAUGAGGACAGAUAUAAACCUAAACGUGAUGAAUACAUAGAGGAGGAGGAAGAAGAAGAAGAGGAAGAAGACGUGGAAGAAGAAAUAGAAGAAGAACCGGAAAAGGAGGAGGAGGUAGAAGGGGAGAUAGAGUAUGAAGUACAAGAAGCAGAAAUUACAUUGGAAGAAGAGGAAGAAGAACUGGAAGUAACGGAAAUAGAAUUAGCAGUUGAUGUGGAAACUGAGACCCAAGUGGAAUCGGAAGUACAGAUUGAAACAGAGAUACAAACAGAAGAGAAACCAGUAGCUGAAGCAGAGGUAGAAGCUACUGAGUUAGAAGCGGAAGUAGCUGCUGGCGAAGCGGCCGCAGCUGAAGCAGCCGCAGCUGAAGCGGCCGCAGCUGAAGCGGCCGCAGCUGAAGCGGCCGCAGCGGAAGCAGCCGCAGCGGAAGCAGCCGCAGCGGAAGCAGCCGCAGCGGAAGCAGCCGCAGCUGAAGCGGCCGCGGCGGAAGCAGCUGCGGCAGAAGCAGCAGCGGCAGAAGCAGCAGCGGCAGAGGCGGCAGCGGCAGAAGCAGCAGCGGCAGAGGCGGCAGCGGCAGAAGCAGCUGCAGCAGAAGCAACUGCGACAGAAGCAGCCGCGGCAGAAGCAACAGCGACAGAAGCAGCCACGGCAGAAGCGGCAGCGACAGAAGCAGCCACGGCAGAAGCGGCAGCGGCAGAGGCGGCAGUGGCAGAGGCGGCAGCCGCAGAAGCGGCCGCGGCAGAAGCAGUCACGGCAGAGGCGGCAGCGGCAGAAGCGGCCGCGGCAGAAACCGCCGCAGCAGAGGCAGCGGCGGCAGAAGCGGCCGCAGCAGAAGAAGAACCUGCACCUCCGGAAACAAUAAUUGGGGAAGAGGAAGAAAUACCUAAAGAGCCAAGUAUAAUAAGGGUUGAGAAAGAUGUGUCUAAAGAAAUAGAUAUUAUGAAGGGUCUAGAAGAAUUGCUGAAAACAGAUUUACCUUUCCUCACGUUCGAUAAGAUCAUUGAUGCAGUCUAUAAAAUGAUUGAAAGCAUGCCAGAAAAUGCAGGCGAGGAUCCAAUAACAAAUGGCAUACAUCGCGCGAUUUAUGAGAAACUAAGUAACAUUGUAUUGUUAGAAGAUCCGGAUCUUUUGACGGAAGAAUUGAAGACUAUAAUGAACGUAGUGUGCGGGAAGAUCGCCAAUUGGUUGAGAUCAAUUCUAACGAAAUCUCAGCUCGCGUUUAUGGAAAAGUAUAUGCCGGAAGUGGAAUCGAAGGAAAUCAGAGACUGGACUAGGUGGCUUGAAUACAUUAGCGAUGUGGCUAAAGACUGGAAUGUAUGGUUACGUAGCGUAAUAGAAAAGAUAUUCGAAAUGAAGCACGAAGACAUCACGCGCGGAGAGUGGCAUGAUUGGACAAAGUCCGUUGAUACUAAGGCUUUGCUUUGGCGACGAUUUCACUUGCAAACUUUACACCAGGCACAACGCCAUGUUACAUUGUUACUUGGGCGACAUGUUGUUAAAACUGGGAUGAAGGGAUUCAUUGCUCCUGAUACUUCCGAACGAUUGAUUACAACUACAGAUCUACGCGCCCCUUCAGAAGCCUAAACGGGUGUACUCGAAUUUACUUACUAUAUUAGCAUUGGUUACUGAUAUAUGCAUGCGUCAUUAUUGAUGAAUGCAUAUUUUUUCUUACUUCUUAACUUCCACUAAAGUACUGCGCAGCUAAGUGCAAUGCAAAAUACGUUUACACCAAACGUAAGUUUGCCUUAUUUGUGCAUAAUUUUAUUUCUUUAUCUUUUUAUUCCUCUCGUUGUAAAAAUAUCUAAUAAUUUCGACUUUUACAAUACACAAUCCAACAAAAUUUUAGCUAUUAUGUAUACUUAGUUGACGUAGUUCACAAUGGUACGUGUUCUUAAAGACCUACAGCAACGAUACCAUCGGUACAGUUGAAAUGUGAAUGAGAACAAUUCCAUACGUGAAAGUCUCGCACGACCUCGAUUGAGACCUUAGAAUUCGGAAACGUUUUCAACUUUCAAGAUCAUCGUUCAAUAACAAAUAUAUUAAUCCACUUGAAGUCGAUUUGUUUGUCAAAAUUUAUAGUGACAUGAAACAACAACAACAACAAUUCGACCAAUUUCCACGAAAUAUUGAGAUACAAAGAAAAAUGU